UGACUUGAUUAUGACUUCUUUUUUCUUCUCAUCUCUCAAUAUUACUCUAGGGUUUUCCCAAUUCAGCUCUCUCUCUUUUGGGUUUUGUUUAUAUUUUAGUAUUCUUCUCUCUUGCAUGGAAUCGGGUUUGUUUAGGUUUAUUGAUUCAGCGAGUAGGAUUUUAAAUUUUGGAUUACUGGAGUGGAGAAUUUUACUUGGUGGGGUUUGUUUGUUUUCAGAAUCGGGUGGAAUUGGGAUCUUGAUGGGAAUUUAGAAGUCAUAAGUUUGUUGAUUUUUGCUGUGUUUUUUUUUUUUUUUUUGAAAAUUGAAUUUUCUCCAUCGUGUUCUGUUUUGCUUCUUCGAAUUGGAAUCUAUCCCACUUUUUGGGUGUUGGGUUCUGUUUGUGGUUUGCAUGUGGGGAUUAUGAUUCGUGCAGUCCUUAAUGGUUGAAUUUAGGAUGGAUUGUCAGUCGUCAAAUAGAAGUGAACGUUUACCUCUUCCCUUGCAUGUAGAUCAUUGGUAUGCUCAGCUUAGAUGCCAAAGAGAACUUAUUUAAUCCAAGAUACUAAACUAUGAUUUGAUAUUUGGCUGGAGCGUUUAGGUGGAUUGAUCAAUAUUUUCCUGCAACUUAUUCCCCUUUCAUUGUUUAUAUUUCUUGAGUUGCGGUUGGAAGAGUCAUAUAAAAGGGUCGCCUUUGAUUGUUUCUAGUCUAGCAUGGAGAGAGAUGGAGCACCAAAAUAAUGAGAUAUGACCGUGGAUGUAGAUAACAGAAGUUGUUUUCAAAUUUUAUGCAUGGAAAUAAAUAGAGCUCAACUCAACGAUGCGGGAAUUGGUUUAUGCUUUGAAUUAAACAUUAUGUUGCUCUUCUGUGUCUUCCAAAUUGAAACUGUAGGAGUUCCAAGUUGUGAUUUAGCCGAGCCCAUAAAGCAUUUACAACUUCAACAUUCUGCAAGCACAAAGUAGAAACUGAUUUGUUUUCUGUCUUUGAUCUUGAAUUCAAUUGAUGAAUAUCUGGAUAAGUAAACCAGCUUAGCUUAAAAGACCUGAAGAAAUUAAAGUUGUAGAGCAUUUUACAUCCAAUGGAGUGAUAAGCCUCAUUCAAGCGAUGAUUCAGCAAUGCUCUGCACAAGGAUUGGAAAUAGUCAAAGUAUGAUAUGGGAAAUGUUCUGUGAUCAUAAUUGGAAGGAAAUGAAAAACAUAGUUAAUUGACUUAAUGAUGGCACUUGCUGCUGCUUGAGGCUAAGCUUUUUUUGCCGAUCAUCUCCUAGCCUCCCCCCUGUAUUUUCUCGCAGUUUCCUGAAUAGUGAAGACUAACCCACCCUCUCAUCUGACAGAAAACUAUUGCCUCCACUCUCAUCUCAGACCAUUUAAUUUAAUAAGACUGUAUGCAGUCAAAGUCUAAAAGUGUGAAUCAACUAGAAUCUGAACCACCAAAUAUGCAGCAGACUAGUAGUUUUUCAGAACCUUGGUGGCGUAGUAUUGGGUACAAUCAUAUCUCUCCGCCUGCAGCUGGAGGAAAUGUGUCCAAUUCAACAUCACUGGAAUGCACUAAUGGUGCUUCAGAAUCUAAUGAUGGUCAGUCAAUGUCAAAUGAUGAUUUAAAUGAAGAAGAUGAUGAUGAGACCACAAAAGAUUCACAUGCAAGUUUUGGGCAAGUACAGCACAACUGUCAGCAUGCUGUUUCUGCUGCACCUAUAGUGCAUAGUGGAUGUAUCACGCAACCUCCUCAGCUUGAACUUGUAGGCCACUCUAUUGCAUGUGCAUCAAACCCAUAUCAGGAUCCUUAUUACGCGGGAGUGAUGGCUGCCUAUGGGCAUCAACCGGGUUACCCUCCUUUUCUUGGGAUGCCACAUGCUAGAAUGGCAUUGCCCCUUGAGGUGACACAGGAGCCUGUUUUUGUGAAUGCUAAACAAUAUCAAGGGAUUCUAAGGCGAAGACAGGCACGUGCUAAAGCAGAGGUUGAGAACAAACUAAUAAAAGUUAGAAAGCCAUAUCUGCAUGAAUCUCGUCACCAGCAUGCCAUGAGACGGGCAAGGGGUAGUGGAGGACGAUUUGCCAAGAAAAAUGAAACUAAUUCCUUGGGUUCUACUAUGAAGGACAAGGACUCCGGUUCUGGUCAAGCUAUCUCAUCGCACUCUGCUGGUUCAUCUGGCUCUGAUGCAGCACCUUGUGCCUUGGCUGAAACCUGGAAUUCUUCCAAUGGCCAACAAGAAUCAAGGACCCAGUUGCAUGAAGCAUAUGAAGCUCGAAGUUAUAUGAAUGGAAGUAGCCAAUUUCAUAAUUACAGUAGCUUCCAAGCUUCUUCCUAUGGUUUACGAUCUGGUGAGAGAGGUGAUGAUGGAGACUGCUCAGGACAGCAGCGAAGUAUCUCAGAAAAUCAAGCUGCACAGAGGCGUCUUGCCAUCAAGUGA